AAUGUCCAUUGCAGUUCUUCUUGCUGAACAUGUCUUAGAAUUCCUAUGUGAGCGCUACGGAGAUCUCUGCUUCAAGUUCCAGGGUGAUCCAGUACACGUAUGGGACCCUUAUGCCAGGUUGCUUGUCUUCAGAAACGAUUACUAUACUCUUUUCGAAGUCUGGGGUGCAAAAUAUUUCGAGUCUCAAUACCACGCCUCCAUGGAACUGCUUGAACAUGGUCUAAAGAUGGGCCGUCUGGAAUUUUUCCGUUUUCAAAGCCAGUUUCGGCGGAGCCUUGCACAUCAAUACCCACCGUCUCUCGUCAGAAGUCCCGACGAAUCGCCUACCUGCACACCAAAACUUCCAGAAAGAACUGCAAACAACAUCGAACCAGUCAGCAGGGUUACCGAAAAGAAUGAAACAACUCCGGUCCAAGUUCCUCCCUCGAUGACUACUCCAAAUCCCGACACUACUCAACCUGAGAUAAAGAGGAGGACGUACAAGAGAAAGCGUGCCACGAUCGAGACCGAGGAGACCAACUACUCGGACACAGCCGUUCCAACCGCCGAAAAGGGUGAAGCAUCACCAAUUCAGGCCUUCUCUCCAAAUGCGACUUCGACUCCCGGAAUUAGCCAACCUGAAAAGAAGAGAAGGACGUACAAGAGGAAAGGUGCCACAAAGGACACUGCGGGAACCAAUGAUUCGAACUCAGUCGUCCCAAUCGCCGAAAACGCGCUCCUUCCACGUGCAAAUCAAGCAACUCCCAAUCUGUCGCAUGGCGAGGAGCCACCCUCCCACAAGCAAACCCCAUCUGCUACCAAACAGCCCAAGCAACCAAGAAAAGAGAAGGUCCUUAGCAAGACUCCAAAGACGGCAACACCAGCUACCAUUACUGAUACGCCCGAUGGUGAAGCGAAAACGAAGAAGACGGGACCUACCUUCACUAAAACCGGCAAACGUCUAGGACGCCCUCCAAAGCGGCAGAGGACGACAUCCUCACCACGAGAACCUCAGCCGCAGGUGAAGACUGACAUCAGGAGAUGGGCUACAAUCCCUGGAAGUGGUUUUGCCGACAGGCUACAGAAGCUGCAAAAGAGCCAUACAGUGCCCGCUGUGCCUUUGGACACCUACUACCAAAGAAGACGUCUAUGUUUUUUGUACGGCCAGGGGUUUGUUGAUGCAUCAAAUCUGGAAAGGACACACAACGCACGCUUUUCCAGGCAGUUGGAACUGAGCAUAUUGGCAUUCUGCAACUUGGCGGAUAGAUACCGAAACAGGCGUGGUUUUACCUAUGAUCUGGCGUCUAUGGCAGCGAGGGUGGCUGCCGGACUCUCAUUGAAUAUCGAACCCUUACCGGCCCGCGACUACACCAGGAUCGGCGCCUGGUCCGAGUUAUGGAACCGCUAUAUCUCCAGUGCAGCAGGAGCCUAUCACGACCGGCUGGCCACGAGUGGAAGACCUUCAGUAAUGAACGAGGUGGUCGGGGCCGAAACGGUGCAGUUGUUGCGCCCUCAGGCGCGUGAAGAUCUCUUUAGGGUCUUAUUGCAGGUGAGAGGCAUGAUGCAGCAAGGAGAGGUGUUUUAGUGUGACCGCAUCUCAUGGAUAGAAGAACAGUGGUACGGUGUUUCCGCGUUGCUUAUCUAGUCUGAAAGUUCUGUUCCGAUCAGUCCGAUGCAAGAGUAGGUAUCUGGCAAAGACACCCCAAGUUGUUGCAGAGUCAGCGAUGCUGUCAGGAUCGUGGUACGAGAGGAAAUGUGCAUGCGAUGGAGAUGUCCACUCUUUGAAAAUGUCUAGC